CAAAUCAAUGUAGAAGAAGACAAACAUCAUAUUCGAAAGAUGUCGGCGACCAGGGAAAAAGAUGGUCGACCUGGGAAACCGUCAGGAAAGGAAUCUCAACCUUUGAUUAUAGCCAAAACUCCGGCAGAGGAGCAGCGCCUUAAAUUGGAGAGAUUGAUGAGAAACCCUGAUAAACCUGCUCCUAUCCCAGACCGACCAAAAGAAUGGAACCCUCGGGCUCCUCCGGAGUUUGUGCGGGAUGUGAUGGGCUCCAGUGCAGGGGCUGGCAGUGGAGAGUUCCAUGUGUACAGACACCUUCGCAGGCGAGAGUAUCAGAGACAGGACUUUCUGGACAAGAUGACUGAGAAGCAAAAGAUGGAUUUGGACUAUCUUGACAAGGUGUCAGAUAACCAACAGGCAGCUGAUGAAAGAACAGCCAAACGCAGGAAGAAAAGGGAAAAGCUGAAGCAGAAGAAGCUUAUGGCAAAGAAAGCCAAGCAGGAAGCCAACAACGUUGAAGAUUCUGAGAAGUCCUCCUCCAGCAGUGAAGAGGACGACCAGGAGAGGGAGGCUGAGGAUGAUGCAGAGGCGCCCAGCUUCGUCAUGGGGAAGAGGUGAAUGCCUGCCACCGGGUCAUGAGACACACUUCAGGAAGAAAUUGAACAGGGGGGUCAAUAUCUAAUACCUGUUUAGAAAUCAACACAGCUGAGCAACACAGCCCAGCUUUUAUCAAUGUCAUGAACUCCAUAGACAUCUGAGAGAGAACAAUGGGAGAUGAGCCUCUGUUAGGGAACUGACAUUAUUCCAAACUCAUGUUUGUAGUUUAGAGCAGUGUUACCUGGCCCUGGUCCUCGGGUACCGCCAACAGUACACAUUUUUUGUUGUAGCCCUGGACAAACACGCCUCAUUCAACUCAUUGAGGGCUUGACGAUUAGUUGACAAGUUGAAACAGGUGUGCUUGUCAAAGGUUACAAUAAAAUGUACUGUUGGGGGUACUCAAGGAACAGGGUUGGGAAACACUGGUUUUAGAGGACCUUGUUCCAAUUCAGUGAUUCAAGGUUGACAAAGCUGGGUUUCGCAUUUAUUAGGCACCAAACAGAGGAAAACUGACUAAAACAGGGAGGAAUACCUGAACUUGAAAUGCUCCUAUAAGAAAUACAUAUUUUUGUUUUCUGUUGCAAAACCUUUUGCUACAGUGUGCCCUAAUGAAUGCAAUGAUACAGGUGUUUCUCAUUUGAAACAUUUUCUUUUAUGUGGUAGUAUAAUUGCUCACUUGUUUAUUUUUUUAUACUGUACUUGUGUAUAUAUUUUUAAUAAACAUCUGGGAAGAAUAAGGCCUA